AUGAGGCUUCUCAACACCGGGUCGUACGAACUUACCGAGUUCUAUGGGGACAAAAUCCCGCCGUACGCGAUCCUGAGCCACACAUGGGGAGAUGAGGAGGUCCUCUUCGCAGAUAUACAAAACAACACGGCACAGUCUAAAAGAGGCUUCAGAAAGUUGAUGGGCUGCUGUCAAAACGCAAUUAAGAAUGGCUUCAAGUGGGUGUGGGUCGACACUUGCUGCAUCGACAAGAGCAGCAGUGCAGAGCUAUCAGAGGCCAUCAACUCCAUGUACCAGUGGUAUAGAGACUCAACCAUCUGCUACGCCUACUUGGAAGAUGUGACGGACGUCUUGUGUACUCCUGGCACAAGCUCAAAGCGCUUCACGGAGAGCCGAUGGUUCACCCGAGGCUGGACGCUACAGGAACUUAUAGCCCCUCGGGUAGUUGAGUUCUACACGCAGGCCUGGGAAGAGAUCGGUACCAAGAUGAGCCUUGACGAAGAAAUUGCGGCCACCACCGGGAUACCAGCUUCUAUACUACGCGGCAAAGACGUGUCGACGCGUAACGUUGCCGAGCGCAUGUCAUGGGCGUCGAAGAGGCAGACGACGAGGCGAGAAGAUAUGGCAUACUGCUUGAUGGGGCUGUUCCAAAUCAACAUGCCACUGCUCUACGGCGAAGGAGACAAGGCCUUUGUACGGCUGCAGGAGCAGAUCCUCAGGCAGGAGGAAGACUACAGCAUCUUGGCAUGGACACCCCAAGAGAACUAUGGCCCAUUGGUCUCGAUGGGCUGCCUAGCCUCAUCGCCAUGCCAGUUCACAACCGUGGUCCCUGAGAGACUACCUUCAUCGGCUGGGUGGGCAGCAGAGAUAUCCUACAUGAACUCAGAGCUUCCUUCCUACGGCAAUACCGAGUUAUUCCCCAGCACAGGAGAGUACCGUACUAUGAAAACAAAGAGCUACAAGCGUUUUCGUAAAGCCGAGCUCGGCCAGAAUAUCAGAAUGCCCAAAGAUCCCCCACAGCUCACGGCCCGCGGAUUGCGCAUCAGCCUUCCCGUAAGAUGCACCGACAUUCCUGGGGAAUCGGAAUCCAAACGUUUGCUGUCGGCUUGGUUGGCAUGGAUAUACUAUGAGGUGGACGACCGGCUGGAUACCAUCGCCGUGGCUGAUUAG